AUGGUCACGGCCCUGCCUGAACAAUUCAUGAGGACCUCGGGCUCAACCGAUGCCGUCUGGGUUCACACCGAGCCUUACAGCAACUACCCCAAGUACCCUAGUCUCAACAAAGAUCUCGAAACAGAUGUCUGUGUCAUCGGCAGUGGUAUUUCAGGUGUCUCAACCGCCUACGAACUCGUCAGGAAGGGCGUUCAGGUCGUCAUGAUCGAGGCCCGCGACAUCAUCUCUGGAGAAACUGGGCGUACCUCUGGUCACUUGGCGAGCGAUAUCGACGAUGGCUAUACGGAGGUCAAGUCCAAGCACGGAGACAAGGGCGCUGUCAUGCACUUCGAGAGUCAUGACUGGGCCAUCAAGCGUGUCGGCGAGAUCUCGCGAGAGCUGGGCAUCGAGUGCGAGUACCGCAACCUUCCUGGCUACAACGUUUCGCAGUACCCUCGCGGCGACAAGCACCACGAAGAAGAUGUUAAGAUGCUCAAGGAAGAGAUUGCCUACUCCAAGACACUCGGCAUGGACGCAGAGUGGAAGGAGGGUUACGCCAUCAAGGGCUGGAACGGUCAGGUUGACCAGCGUGAUGCUGCUGUUUUCUACAACCAAGGUACUUUCCAUCCCACAAAGUACCUUCUCGGCGUCUUGAAGUGGCUCUCCCAGCAGCCCAACUUCAGCUGCUACACCCGCACCCGCAUGAUGGAGUGCCAGGAAAAGGGUAUCGAAAUCAUGGGCAUGGGAUCCAAGGAGGUCAAGGUCUCCACCGAGGAGGGCAACACCAUCACCUGCAAGGACGUUGUCAUGGCUACUUGUGUGCCUCUACAAAAGCUCAGUGUCGUUGCCGAGAUGGAGUACUACCGUACCUACUGUAUCGCCGUGCGCAUUCCUAAGGGUUCGUACGAGGAUGCCCUCAUCUACGACACUGCCGAUGCCUACAAGUACAUCAGAUUCACAGAGUGUGAUGAGAAGGACGACUACCUGGUCAUUGGAGGUUGUGACCACAAGGUUGGCCAACACGAGAAUGAGAAGACGAACUACGAGGAAUUGGAGAAAUGGACUCGUGAGCGCUUUACCCAGGUUGGCUCGACCGACUACAAGUGGAGCGGUCAGAUCUUUGAGCCUGUCGAUGCUGUCGCUUUCAUCGGUUUGGACCCCGGAACCAAGCACACGUACAUCGUCACUGGUGACAGUGGGAAUGGUUUGACCCACGGUGUCAUGGCCGGUCGUAUCAUCGCAGACCAUAUCACUGGCCAAGAGAACGCAUGGGCAUCCCUGUAUGAUCCCUCGCGCAAGGCCAGCAUCGUCAAGUCGGCAAAGGAAAUGAUCACACACGACCUCCAGAUCAACAGCCAGUACAAGCGUCUGUUGCAGUCAGAUAUCAACGACAUUGAGGACUUGCUUCCCGGAACUGGUGGUGUGCUUAACCCCAAGACCAGCAAGCCCAUCGCCGUGUACAAGACCGAGAGCGGUGAAGUUCGCAAGAUGUCCGCCUUGUGCCCUCACAUGAAGGGAGUCGUCUGCUGGAACCACGCAGAAGCUUCUUUCGAUUGCCCUGUGCACGCAUCCCGCUUCUCGAGCGACGGUAUUUGCAUCAUGGGACCUGCCAAGGGUAACUUGCAACCUGAGAAUGAGGAGGCCAAGAAGGCUGUGCAGCAGGCGAUGCAAGGAUGA